CGCAAGCGACAUUUACAGUCCCAAACAAAAACAAAAUAAAAUGAACAACGCUGUGAAUCUACUUUCCAAUCACUGGAAAGGUCGCAAGGACUUUCUCUUGGCGCAGGGACAGAUUGCCGUCGUGCUCGUCGUCGCCUACGUCGGGAACAACUGGCCCCACUCGUACCCACGCAACGAAAACGCCAAGCCCUACAUGUUCUGGGCCAUGAACGCGCUCUUGCUCAUUGCGGGUAUCGCGACACUCAAGCACGACGGCAAUUCCAGCUCUCGGGGUGUGCAGCUGCUUUCGCGACCGCAGACGGAAGAAUGGAAGGGAUGGAUGCAGUGGGCCUUUAUUAUGUACCACUAUUAUCGAUACUAUGGUGCCUACAAUGCGAUUCGAGUCUUUGUUUCGGCUUACGUAUGGAUGACAGGGUUCGGAAACUUCCAGUACUUUGACAAGAAGUCGGACUUUAGUCUCGAGCGUGCCAUUUCCAUGUGGCUCCGCAUCAACUACUUUCCCAUACUACUCAGUCUUUUCUUGACCGUGCCGCUCGAACUGUACUACGUUGUUCCCUUGCACACGGCCGCUUUUUUCAUUACCAUGGCCACGUGUGCCCUGGCACAGGCAGUGGAAAGCCGGAAAAAAUGGUCACGGACUCACAGCAACAUUUUCGCGAUUGCCGUGUGCUUCCUCGUUCACGUACUUUUUUACGAAACCAAGGCGAGUCAUUUCCUCAAAUUGUUUUCCGACGAAUACUACUUUCGAUUCACAUCCGAUCGCUACAGCGCGUGGGUUGGCAUAUUGUCCGGGUUUUCGUGGGGACACUUCAAGAGCUAUAUACAGUGGUGCUACGGUGGCGAGCAAGUCCGCGCGGGAGCCAUGUGGAUGCAACGGGCAGGGGGAGUCGGUCUGAUCGCUCUGUGGUGGAUCUUGUUCGGACACAUCCAGGACAAGUUCACGUACAAUCCCAUCCAUCCCUACGUCUUUUGGAUUCCCGUGGCGGGAUGGCUCAUGCUGCGCAAUUCGUCACGGUAUCUGUGUGAGUUGCACUCGGAAGCUUUGGAGUUUUUUGGUCGUAUCACCUUGGAAACGUACGUCUUGCAGUUUCACGUCUUUAUGUGUCGAAACGUGCAGUUCAUUCCGAUUGUCAUUCCCGGGGCUGGUGCCGACGGGAGUCUGGUAGUGCAAACCCUCAACAUGCUGUUGUGUGGAGUCGUCUUUGUCACGCUCGCGUACUACGCGCGCCACGCGACGGUGUUGACGCAAACGACCGUAACGGAACUGAUGGAUUUGGUUCGCCACGGUCCUCCCGCAGGACACAGCGACGGUGAGGAAGAUAUUGAAGUAAUGGCACCACUGAAGGAUAUUAAGAACUCGGAACACACCAAUCGGGAUGACGAUACCGAAAACGUGGAGCCCAUUAAAAUAAUGGCCGUAUAAUUUUUUUAUGAACUUGGGAAU